AUGUCAUUUGUGAAAGAAGAGUCAUCAAUGAGAAAAGACGAUCUUGAGUUAAGAAAAAAAUCUCUGGAUCAGUUUGAAGCUGCGGAAAGAAAUUUUAAGGCUUCAUUGCAGCAAAUGACAGAAGAGAUUGCUGGAACCAUGAAAGAAGGUUUCAUGAUGAUAGCUUCAAUGUAUCAGCCACAGUAUCAGCAGCAGCAAGGUUUUCAAAACCAAUUUCAUAUGCCUGACAACCAAAGUGGACACCAUAAUGUGCUGCAGAAUGUACACCAAAAUUUAAACCAGAAUGUACACCAGAAUGUACAAAAUGUCCACCAGAAUGUGCACCAGAAUGUGCACCAACAUUUACAGAAUGUACAACAGAAGGGAGAUAACAGGGAUACAGACAAAACAUUCACAAAACUUCAAAACAGAGAACAGUGCUUUUGA